CAAAUGUCCAAUGUGGGAAACUUCCACACAUCGUAAAGACUCGACAUUAACGUGACACCUUCCUCGCCCCUUUUCUUCAUCAGACAAAUCGACAAUUGGUUUUACCGUCACCGCCCGGCGCGUGCUCUUAGACGAAUUUUAUUUAACAAAGUUUACCGUACUCUAAUUUUCACCAUUACCACCCUAUAGUAUUCCACCUUGACUACUAUUUCUCGGUUUACCAUCCCUUCGACGUGACGGUCGUUAGAUUAAGCAACUAUGUCUAAUCUAUUUUCUGGAAUAAACGCUCGAUUGAGAGGGACUUCGACCAAAGCUCCAGCCCAGAAUAUCGGAAUGGAUGACGCUGGCAACGCGGACGCCAACGGUGGCGAUGACAUCCUCGAUGCUUAUCGCCUACCUCGACCACUUCCGCUCUGGCUUAACGCGCAAUAUGCCAAGCACAUCGUGAAGGGUAACUUCAUGACCCUCAGCGCCCGCCCCAAGACCGUAGAACAGGGUGAAUGGAUUGCCCACCAAGUGGUCGAACACUACCGCAACCUGUGGAACUUCGUGCGAGUGAUUCACGAGAAGGAAGAUGACGGUACCACGAUCUGCAAUCCUCAGACGUGUCCGCGCAUGUCGGCUGGAAUCAACCAUUCGUUCACGUGGCUGAACUUGCGACGAGAGCCCGUCGAGUUACCCGCUUACGAAUACAUCACGCUUAUGCAGCGAUGGAUCUCGGGAAAGAUUGAUGACACUAAUAUCUUCCCUACCGAUACCAACGGUGUUUCCUACGCGCACAACCCGUCGAUCACCACCACACCUCUCUCUCAGUUGUCGAAUCCCGAGGACAAGGAUUGGAUCGGCAAAUCUAGUGGAUUCCCCGAGAACUUUGUGGAGGUAUGCCAGACCAUCUUCCGACAGAUGUUUCGAGUGUACGCCCAUUUGUAUUGGGCGCACUUUAUCGAACCGUUCUACCACCUGAACCUUGAGAAACAGCUCAACAGUUGUUUCAGCCACUUCGUCCUGACGGCUUGCGCGCUGGACAUGCUCAAGCCUCAGGAGCUAGAGCCCAUGCAGCCCUUGAUCGAUCUCUGGGCGGCCAACGGUACCUUCCCGCCCGGCUCGAAGGCAUACGAAUACGCGAACCACAAGGCCGGAGAACGAUUGAUGCAACUUGCGAACGUCGCAUAAAGGAUUAUUACCAAUCUUGCCGCGCAGCAAUGAUACCCACAUAGGACAUGUGUCCUAGCUCGCGGAAAAACACCAAAGAACAAUAACAUAAUGGCAUUCGAUCAUUCGUCUUCACCAUGGAAAUGCAUAUCCGGAAAGAUUCGACUAGCAGGCACAAAACGGCGUUUAUUCACAUUGAUUUUUUCAUCGGGAAGACUCACAUUGACGGGGCAACUGAGUUGAAGAGAUGUGUGGUAUUUGGCUUUUUGCUUUGGCAAGUUAACGACGUCUAUUCGUAUUUGACGCCAUCCGAACCUCGAUUAAUACGGACACGACACGAUAUGAUGCGAGACUUGAUCUCGAGAUUUCCCAUAGCAAUGAAUGACAAAUGAAUUGAGCUGCAUAACAACUACUAUUGUGUUCUUCGAUUUUCGAUAAACGUGAAUAAUGUAUAAAUUUAACUUGAUACAAACCUACCUUGUACGUAGG